GGUGUUGGUUGGAGUACUAAAAAAAAGAGGGAAAAAAAAGAAGAGUGUUGGGUUGGGGUAAAGAAGAAGAUGAAGACGAAGAUGAAGAUGGUGCAAGAGGAAGCGGAGGAGGUGGGAUUGGGAAUGAGCAGAGGGAUGAUGGUUCAGUGCAAUGUGAAUAACAAAAGCCAUAGCCAUAACCAUAACCAUAGCCACAGCCAUAGCCAUAGCCAUAGCCAUAGCAAUAACCAUAAUCACAACAAUGUGUGCAACUGCAAGCACUCUCCCUCGGCAACCUUGGACCUUCUAAUCCUGCUCCUCGUUCUCUUCUCAGGGGCCUUCCUCCUCUCCUCGUAUUUCUCAUACAUCUUCCAUUCCCUCUCCCUCCUCCUUCCCUCCCUCCCUCUCUCCUACCUCCUCCCCUUCCUCCUCUUUUUCGCCAUCUCCCUCGCCGCCGCCGACUUCUGCUGCGGCCCCCGAUCCCGCCGCUGUCAGCGCUCCGGAUGCAAGGGCCUCAAGAAGGCCAUGGAGUUCGAUUUGCAGAUUCACCGCUUCGGCUCCGCUCCCUCCCCUGAUGCCUCUGCCGAAAUUGACCGCCUGCCCUGGAAGGGCGGCACCGAGGCCAACCCCGAUUACGAGUGUCUCCGCUCUGAACUCCGCAAGAUGGCUCCCCCUAACGGACGCGCCCUCUUGCUCUUCCGGGCGCCCUGCGGCUGCCCCGUUGCCAAGCUCGAGGCCUCCGGUCCCAAAAAGGGCAAACGCCAUAAGAGGUGGAUGCCUUGUAGAGGGCUGUUUUACAUUACCUAUGGAAGAAAUUGGGGCUUUGAGACGUCAAUGAAAUGCUACCCUGGUUUACUAUGGGCCUGUUUUUGUCUUUGUUAUUACCUUCACCAGUUGGAAAUGUUGUAACCUCAAACUUAAACAGCUGGUUUUGGAAAUUUGAUUUGAUUCUCUCACAAUUUUAUAUCUUUUCACUAAUUAACAUUACAAUUAUUGGUGAGACUAGAAACUUUGGUACAAAAGCAUGAGGCCUCGACUGUGUUUCCUAUGUUCUAUAAUCAUUGUUUUCUGAAUUAGUAAAAGCGUUUAAUAAUUUUCAACCUGUUGUGCUUGUUGCUGAUUGUUAUCUUGUCCUGCAUUUGACUAUGAAGUUUGUUGGUAAAUUAUUUUUUGAAACUGUCUUAGUUUUAUUUUUUCUCUCUCAAACUUUACUGUUUAAAUUUAUGUUGUUAUCCCACUGAAUCCAAGUUGUGGACAUCUUAAAACUUUUAUCUAUUCCGGAGAAUGUAAAAACACAUUUUUCUUUAAUAUAAGGCUAAAAAACAGUGCUUCUACAAAAGCCAAUUGGAGGAAUUUAUGCAUUUAAGGGGUUAAAAGUUGGGCCAAAAGUUACCUAGUUGAAUUGCAUACUUGAAGUUUUGUUUCAUGGACUUGAAUAACUAU